AUGGAUACAACAACAGGUUCGAUUGUUGUUUCACCAUCAAAACCACGAUCAUCUGUUGGUUCAGUUCAAAUCUCUCCUAAUAAUUAUGUUAACAUUCACAAUCAGUCAUGCAAUCAUUGUGAUCAAAGUCGGUAUGAAAUAUGUAAUGUGAACAGUUCAACUUGUCAAUGUCCACCAUUUACAUAUUGGAAUAAUGGAAUGUGUAUGACACAAUUAUUUCAAGGUCAACUAUGUUCAAAUACAUAUGCUUGUCGGACGGAUCUCAAUCUUUCAUGUCAGCCGACCUGUAACUUUACUUAUCAAUGCUCUGCUUCUCCAACCGCAGGUAUUGGUUUGACAGUUGCUGGUUUUUGCAAUGGCAGUACAGAUGCAGGUACACUUGGUGUGAUGGGUCCUUGGGGUAUUUAUGUUUCACCAUUCGAUGGAAUUUUGUAUGUAACUAAUUUCGAUGUUCCUCGAUUUCAAUCAUUUUUACCAUUCUCACGUAUUGGAUCUACGAUUCUCUCUAACGGACUCAAUUCGCCUGAGGAUGUGUUUGCUGACAGUUCACACAAUAUAUACAUGACGGAAUACACCAUUAAUCAAGGUAUAAUGUACAUUCAACGACUAGGAAUGAAUCUUACAAGUUUUCCAGCAAUAGGUCAAUCAGACUCAUCCUGUUCUCUAACAGGAUUAAAAUCAGUUGAUGGCGUAGUUGUUGAUCGAGUCGGUAAUAUUUACGCAUCACUAUCUACUUGUUCUAUGAUCGUAAAAUGGGCACCAAAUAGUACUGCAGGUCUACUCGUUGCUGGAUAUCCAGGAUAUUAUGGCACUGAUAGUAAUUCAUUAGAUUGGCCUCGAUUUAUGCAUUUAGAUGAAGAUCGAGCGGCCUUAUACGUUGCUGAUAGUUAUAACAAUCGCAUUCAAAAAUUUAUAAUAGGCGGCAACGGAACAGGAAUAACAGUUGCAGGUGGAAAUGGAGCGGGAACGAAUCUAAACCAACUGAGUCGUCCCUCAGGUGUUUGGGUCACACAUAAUGGUCAAACUCUUUAUAUUGCUGAUAGCAAUAAUAAUCGUGUGAUGCGAUGGAAUAUUGGAGAUACACAAGGAUCGGUUGUAGCCGGCAGUGCAACUGGUGUUGCGGGUAGUACCAAUACACUUCUUUCAUAUCCAGGUGAUGUGGCACUUGAUCCUACUGAAACAUAUUUAUAUGUUUCUGACUAUUAUAAUAACAGGGUGCAACGGUUCAUUCUUCAAUGA